AUGGCUCCUUCGAGAUUCGAUCAGGGGACGGCUGGUACCAACUACAGCAGCAUUCACUCCAUAGAUGCAUUUGUCGGCGACUACCAAGUCAUGUACACACCAGGGAACUCUCCACCCGCCGAACGGCCUCAGAAAAAAUCCACGCGCUUUAGCAGAGCCGUCUCAUCGAAGUCCCAGAACAGCCAGUCCAUCAUGCUACCCAACAACAUACCCAAUACCUCCCAAAUCAUGGCUGAUCACGGCUCGCUACCCGGUGUCCAAUUUCACUACAGCAUCCCAGCCGACGAAAAGCAAAUCAUCGCGUCCCUCCGUACUCUUCAACGCGAUCUCAACGAAGCCAUGCAGACUAUCAACUCCAUAACACGCGAGCGCGACGAAGCUCUGCUUGAAUUGAGAUUACUUCGAGCCGUAUCCCAGAAGUCCUCGACUCCUGCACAAAAGAGUAGAUUUACACCGCACGUUGAGGAGGAACUCUUCGACCUCAGUAGGUCGAUGGAGUCCCCAAAGAGAUCUGGACGCGCCUCUUCAGCUCCUGCCGAAACGCAACAGCCCUCAAAGACCAACGACUCGAACGACGCGCGAGUCCUGUCUCCCAUCUCUGCCAACAGACCAGCAUCUCCUACCGACAAAAGACCUACGCACAGACCCAGCCUGAAUGGCCAUCACAAAUCUCAUUCUUACUACAAACCGGCCGUCAAUGACACUGAGAACAGCAUGAUCGAAGACCCGACCGCAGCAUCAAACACAUCGCGUCGACGCCGUCACAUAGAUCUCGACGAGAAUAUGACCUCAGCAUACAUUCUCCCAGACAUUACCGUCAACAAUCCUGCAAAGUCUUCAAAACAGCUCGUCUCCCAGGAAGCUCAGAAUGUCCUGCACCGCCACGAUCCCGAACACGUGGACAAAUGUGCAGUUUGUCAACGCUUGACGGCCAAAAAGACCAAACACGUUACGCACGCCUCGCACACCGUUGCUACCCACGCAAUCGCAAACGAAAAGACCGACUUCACCAUGCAAAUCACCCAACUCAUGAAAGACGCCAUGCUAGAGGAGCCGACCAUGCGACCCAAGAUCUCGCCAUGGCUGGCCCUUGCUAACGUCAAGAAGUUGCUUACCGACCAGUUCCAAGAGGCCAAACGCAAACAUAAUCAGGCUUGGGAAAAGUACGAUGCUAUUGAUGCGCCCUUGAGCAGCAAGAAACAUGCAGCAGCGAGCCAGGAUUUGUUCUACUGGUCUAAGAAGAUGGAGGAGUGUCGAAUCAACCUUGACCAACUAAGAGACGUUGAAGAGGGCAUGAAGGAGCACAGCGAACUACGACUUUGA